UAACAACUCUCAAAAAUCAACCGCGCGAACGUUAUUGGGGAGUAACUAACGUCGAAGCUGAUACGGAAGGCGAGUGGGUGAUUGGACACACCGAUAAAGAUUUCCAGGGCUUCGACGGACCCCACGGAACGCCUCCGGGAAGUCCUAAAAUGGACGAUGCGAGUGAAUUGUCGUCACAGAUGCCAAUUCAAGCCCCUACCGAAGCGAUCGACACAACGCUCAUCCGCUCAAAGUCCCGCACCGACAUGACAUCCCGCGCCAAGGCGAGCAAACAAGCCCAAAAAUACAACAAUUUGUCCUUUUGGAAGGCACGCAAGAUAACUUUCUACAAAAAUGGCGACUCCUUUUAUCCGGGCUUUGAGUUUAUUUUCAAACCGGGCCGCGAUAUCGCCACGAUGGAAAUUCUCCUUGACAAGCUAACGAAAAAGAUGGAUUUACCGCGUGGCGCUAGAUUUAUCUACGAUAUGACGGGCGAUAAGAAAAUUAAUUUGGACGAUUUGGAGGAUGGAGCGAGUUAUGUUGUGUCAGCGUUCAAAGGAUUCAAGCCCGCAAGUUACGGCAAGAAGAACGGCGUUUGGUAUGCUUCACCCGGAAAUCAAGGCUGGGGAGGAAAAUCUGGAGCUGCUGGAACAAUAGCUCGCAAAUCAUCCAUUGUCGAGGCAGACAACAUGCCGUCAAAUACCGUCAAGCCAUCCGCGGGACGAGUAAUUCGCAUCAUCAACAGCAAUGAUCACACGGUCCAGUGUCGUGUGCUGCUUAAUUUACGGACAAGCCAACCGUUCGAAGAAGUGGUUGAGGAUUUGGGUCAAGUGUUAAAAAUGACUGCGGCAAAACGGAUGUAUGCCGUGGGCGGGCAGGAAAUUCGGAGUUUUUCACAGUUGCGAAACGAGUUUGCGGAUGUAGAUACCUUUUAUUUGAGUUCGAGUGGCGUCGGGACAGGAGCACCUGGUUCGCCAUUGCGACGAUCACGAUCCCGAGCUGGAUUACAGGCAACUGCAGGUCCUGAUGAUCCCGUACGAGGCACAGCGAAGCAGAGAGCUCGUAGCAAAAGUCGCCCGAGGAUUCUUUAUGCGCCCGAUAAUGAAGUUGUUCGAGGCGGUGCUGCGGAAUAUUCCGGCGUAAAAGAAGAGCCCACACGAAUCACAAUCAAAGGCAUGCGACGCACAUUUUAUCCGCCCAUUCAUCAUGCGCCCGUGGAUAAUUCGCCGCCAGAUAAAAAAUUACUUCUGCAUUGGGUGCAUGGAUAUCGCGGCACAGAUUCUAAACGAAAUCUUUGGGUACUUCCAACUGGAGAACUUUUAUAUUGGGUUGCAGCUGUUGCUAUUUUAUACGAUCGCGAAGAGGAAUCUCAACGACAUUACACGGGACAUACGGAAGAUAUUAUGUGCAUGGAAGUCCAUCCAUCACGAGAACUGGUUUGUUCGGGACAACGUGGCGGCAGAGAUCGUAAGUCACAAGCACACGUGCGCAUCUGGAGCACCGAGUCACUCCAAACUUUGUACGUUUUUGGCAUGGGUGAGUUAGAUACGGGCGUGUUGGCUGUCGCAUUUUCCCAAUUAAAUGGCGGCAGUUACAUUUGUGCAAUUGACGCUGGCAGAGAAGCUAUACUUUCCGUAUGGCAAUGGCAAUGGGGUCAUUUACUUGGAAAAGUUGCCACACUACAAGAGGGAAUAUCAGGAGUCGCUUUUCAUCCGUUGGAUGAUAAUUUGUUAAUAACGCACGGUAAGGGUCAUUUGGCAUUCUGGCAUCGAAGAAAAGACGGCUUCUUUGAACGAACAGACAUCAUCAAGCCGCCAUCACGCACACACGUCACGAGUUUACAGUUUGAGGCAGAUGGCGACGUCGUGACUGCCGACAGCGACGGAUUUAUCACAAUUUACAGCGUUGACUCGGAAGGCGCCUAUUUCGUGCGGAUGGAGUUCGAGGCACACACAAAGGCAAUCGGGUGUUUGGUGAUGCUGAGCGAAGGCACGUUAAUUUCGGGCGGCGAAAAAGACCGAAAAAUCGCUGCUUGGGACUCGUUGCAAAACUACAAAAAAGUCACGGACAUCAAACUUCCGGAGAAUUGCGGUGGUGUCCGUACAAUUUACCCACAACGUCCGGGGCGUAAUGAUGGUAAUCUGUAUGUUGGCACUACGCGCAAUUGCAUCAUGGAAGGUUCGUUGCAACGACGUUUCAAUCAGAUCGUGUUCGGGCACUCGAAGCAGCUGUGGGGUCUUGCUGCGCACCCAGAGGAAGAUCUUUUCGUGACGGCGGGACACGAUAAGUAUAUCGCACUUUGGCGACGACACAAACUCAUUUGGGUGGCGCAGAGUUCGUACGAGUGCAUUUCGGCGGCAUUCCAUCCAUUUGGCUCGGCAAUUGCUGUUGGCAGUACGGAGGGACAUUUGAUUAUCAUUAAUGUCGAGAAUGGAGCGACAAUGUUGACUAUUCGGGUCUGUGGAUCGCCUCUCAAUACCAUUGAAUAUAAUCAAAUUGGUGAUAUAAUUGCAAUUGGAUCUCAAAACGGAAGCAUUUACUUGUUCCGUGUCUCCCGAGAUGGUUUCUCCUACAAGAAAAUCAACAAAAUCCGCGGCUCUCAACCGCUCACUCACAUGGAUUGGAGUAUCGACGGCAGUUAUUUGCAAACCGUAACCGUAGACUACGAUCUCCUCUUCUGGGACGUGAAAUCAUUGUCGCCCGAAAAGAGCCCCAUCGCCAUGAAAGACGUCAAAUGGUUCACACACAACUGCGUAAUCGGUUUUUGCGUCGCCGGCAUGUGGAACAAUCGCUUCUAUGCGGCGCCCUCAACAAUCACGACAUGCAGUCGAUCGCCAGCUUCCGACGUUUUGCUCAGCGGCGAUGCCGAAGGCUAUCUGCGUCUCUUCCGCUAUCCGACGAUAACGCCGCGCGCCGAAUAUCAGGAAGCCAAAGUGUAUUCGGGUGUGUUGGCGUGCACGCGUUUCCUCGUUGGCGGCAAACUCGUCGUUACAGUUGGCGGCACAGACGCCUCCCUGAUGGUUUGGGAGCUGCUCGGAGAAUAGCCCUUGUGGCCCCCGUGGUGCACGACAAGUCGAGCAGCUACUCCUAGUCUUAAUCCUAAUUAUAAUCUUCAAGAACAGCGACCCAGUAUUGUAUCUUCAGUCGGCAAUAGCGAUACAACCACAAGCACAGUUAACAACAAUAACUGGGAAAAUCAAUCAGAUGCCAACACUGAAGAUACAGAUAUGAUUGGACCCGAAUACGCUGUCCUGCUACCUGACUCGUUUGCUGUUCUUGAUUCAUCA